GGAAUUCUUGGGCGUUCUUUUCUUUUCACCGUACGUGUGCGGAAGUGCAGUUCAGGCAUAAUUAAAUAGGUAUAGGGAUGUAGUUUACGAGCUAUUAGGCUUAAUGCGUUAUCGUGAAAUGUCGCCGCGAACUGGAUUGUUCGCAGGCAACUUUCAUCGCCAGAAACACGGCGUACCGAUGGACAAAGGUGAGUUCCUUGAUCAUAAACGGGAAGCCGACCUGUUCCUCGAUCUAGAUCCGUCCAGCCGUCAAUGGUCCGAUCUGCAAAUAUAAAAGGCUGUCGUUGUGACGACCUUAUGAACAGUUUAUCCGCAACGAGAGAGCAAUGUCGAAGAUUCUCCUGUUCCUGCCAAUACUGUGCACCUGCGCGUUCGCGUCGGUGCCAAAAAUUGAGAAGCCGCAGAAACGAGGCAUUGCAAACGAUGGAUGGAUCGGCAUACCAGGACCAGGAUACGGACAUGGACAUCCGUGGUCGAUCGACAGUAUCGCCUUGAAAGGAUUCAAACUACCUGCAGUCAAUCUGCAUGCGGGAUUGCAUUUGGCAGAUGAGCUUCCAGCUUACGGCAGAGGUGGCAUCGCCCUGACACCCGGAAUUCUGAAAAGCUCUCUACCAGUAUACAUAACGAAACACGUGGUUCUGGAGAAGACGGUGCCAGUUCCAGAGCCGGUGAUCAUCGAGAAACCGUAUCACGUGCCGGUGCCAAUUGAAAAAAUCAUUCACAAACCGAUCCCCGUUCCGGUACCGGUGCCUCAGGCGGUGCCGUAUCCCGUGGAACGUCCAGUGCCGAUUCCCGUUAAGCAGCCGAUUCCUGUACCAGUGCAUCAACCGUAUCCGGUCGCGGUGAAGCACCCGGUGCCGGUGCCCGUGCCGGUCCCGGUGCCAGUUCCGGUGCAUUCGCCACCCGUGCCGGUCCCGGUGCCAGUUCCGGUGCAUUCGCCAUCCUUGCCGCUCCCGCUUUCAAUUCCGUUGCACUCGCCACAUCCAUCGAUUCCGCUGAUCUCCGGCGGUCUAGCUGGUGCCAUCUAUCCUCAGAGUUAUGCACCCGACCAUCUUCACCAUCUGCACCCAUCCGUCGCCGUGCCUUUGGGCCACGGCGUUCCUCCACUCGCCCAUAGCUUGGGCCACGGGCUCGGUCAUUUAUUGGCGCACGGUUACAGUCACGAUUACGACUAUGCUCAUGACGCCCAUAUCGACCAUCUCGCCCACGAACAUGAUCACAAAAAGAGGAAGACUGACAAGAAUUAACGGGAGAGUUCACGGAGGAUGCACAUAGAAAUCCUCUUGAUGCCUGUUUAAGAGAAAUUUUAGCGAAGUAAGAUUUCUAACUCACUUAUUUCAAGAAUUUAAAAAUUCUUUAUGAUUUUUGUUUAAGAAUUCUAUGCUGUAUAUAAUAAUGUAGAAUGUUGCUUCCGAAUAUCCCAGACAACGCAAAUCUUUUGAUGACGUUGUAUACAUAGUAGUUAUAAAAAAAAGAUAUCUUUGUAUAUUGAAAGAAAUGUGUAACUUUUAUACACCAAAAUCACGAAAAUGUAUCUUGUAGUCUACAAAUUAUGUGUAUAGUCCACUAAUCAUAAAUAUAAUUCAUAAAUAUGGUCCAACUAAUGAAUAGUAAAAAGAACACACAAUACACGGA